AUGAUUCGCACUCCUGCCUUUCGAAUGCCCCGGGUGCCCUCCCUCGCCUCUAUGAGAAGUUCAAUCCGAGCCUUUCGGGGACAGACAGCGACACUCGCUCGUAUCGGCGAGGUAAGAGAGCUAGUCCACGCCCAACAGCAAAGGACUAUGGGAAAUCCAAAAUUGUUCCAUACCGUCGCACCAAAGCUCCAAGCAACUUCGCCAUCUGAUCAGCGGCCCACAAGCGAUCCACGAGUCGAUAUCCUCUGCUCUGUCACACCAGCGCCCGGCGGAGGCAAUAGAACAGUCGCCAAUGUCACCGUCUCAAAUCCGAAACGCCUCAACAGCAUAACCGGAGACAUGGUGCAGAAGCUCGCUUCGACCCUUCGACAGCUAUCUCAACAGCCUGACCUGCGCUGUCUCGUGAUCCAGGGUGCUCAAACCGCCACCAGAAGCCCGGCCAUGACAUCGGGGGCAGAUGUGUACCAAAUGGCCAAUAUCAAGUCCUAUGAAGAAGCCGAGGAAUUUAUAUCCGGGCUCCAUGAGGCCUGCCAGGCGAUGCGUGACAUCCCAGUGCCGACCAUCGCAAAGAUUGAUGGCUUAUGUCUUGGGGGAGGUUUGGAAUUAGUUGCUGGGUGUGACUUCCGUUAUGCAACUCGCAGAUCGACCUUCAGCAUGCCAGAGACAAAGCUUGCAAUUCCGUCUGUUAUCGAGGCGCGUCUCCUAGCAAACAUCAUCGGCUGGCAGAAAGCAAAGGAGAUGGUCUAUUUUGCAAGGAUCUACACUGCUGAAGAAGUAGAAGCUUGGGGACUGGUGGAUAAGACCUGCCAGGACAUGCAGGAGCUGGAAGAGACAGUGAAUGAAGCAGUCACAACCAUCUCUUCCUAUGGACCCAAGGCUAUGCGGGAGCAGAAGGCGCUGUGUAAGUUCUGGGAGGAAAAUGACCUGGUGUCUGGAAUUAAGGCUGGUAUUCAUUCGUACGCCAGUAUGUUCCAAGAUGGGGGUUCGGAGCCUGCCCAGUACAUGAAGGCGUUCACUGAAAGGAAGCGGUAG